UCCAAUAUGCCGUCUACGGCUGACACUAAAAUUAUUUCGCUACCAACGCAAACGGAGAAGCCAUUACAUUACACAUAUUUGAAAGAAUUUCGUGUUGAGCAGUGCCCGCUGUUUGUCCAACAUAAAUGUACUCAGCACAAACCAUUCACGUGUUUCUAUUGGCAUUUUAUGAACCAACGUCGUCGUAGACCUGUAAGAAAACGAGAUGGCACGUUUAACUAUAGUCCUGAUAUAUACUGUACCAAAUUUGAUGAAACGACAGGCCUAUGCCCCGACGGAGACGAUUGUCCCUAUUUACAUCGUACAGCUGGAGACACAGAAAGACGGUAUCAUCUGCGCUACUACAAGACUGGAGUGUGUGUUCAUGACACUGAUACAAGAGGCUACUGUGUAAAAAAUGGGCCACAUUGUGCAUUUGCUCAUGGAAUGCAUGAUCUGCGAAAUCCAGUUUAUGACAUUCGAGAACUGCAUGCUAUUGAAAAUUCUGAGGAAGGAGGAGGAAAUGGGGCAUCUGGACCAAAUAGCCUUGAUAAAGAAAGAAAUGCUCUAAAUGAAGAUCCAAAGUGGCAAGAUUCUAAUUAUGUUUUAGCCAAUUAUAAGACAGAACCAUGUAAACGACCUCCUAGGUUAUGUAGACAAGGUUAUGCCUGUCCUCAGUACCACAACAAUCGGGAUCGAAGAAGAAGUCCUAAGAAACAUACAUACAGGUCAACACCAUGUCCUAAUGUUAAACAGGCAGAUGAAUGGGGUGACCCUGCUAACUGUGAAAAUGGAGAGAACUGUCCUUAUUGUCAUACACGCACAGAACAGCAAUUUCAUCCAGAUAUUUACAAAUCAACAAAAUGUAAUGAUAUCCAGCAAACAGGAUACUGUCCUCGUGGCCCCUUCUGUGCAUUUGCUCAUGUUGAUAAAGAAAUUUCUGAGGUACGUGACUUAGGACUCGACAGUACUACUAACUUGGCAGCCAUUUUGUCAAAUGUUCUAUCACCUAGCUCAUCAGCUAGUCCUUCUCAGUCUCAAACAAUAUUGACAAUAAGUAAAAGAGAGAGUUCCCAAACUCAGAAAAAUGAAGUCCACACUAAUGAAAUAGAAGGAUCUUCACAGCAUUUAGUAUCGACUACAUCAACAGAAGCAACAGUAAUUGAUGGGUUAUCAAUGGAUUGUAUAGUCUUCACACCUGUUAAUCCAUUACCUACACCAAUAGCUCGGCCUCGAUCAUGCAGUUCGUCAACUAAUCACUCUGGUGAUUCUUUAAUUUCUUACCAUAAGGCCCCAGGGUCUGAAAGAGAAGAUCGAGAGGUGACUCUUAGGAAACAGUUUGAAGCUAUUGAUAAUGAUCCUUCUUUAGACGUUAUUGAAAAAACUCGCCGUAAACAAAGUAUAUGUUUAGCUCUUGGAAUUAACCUGAGCCACCUGGUAUCCUCUUUAUCCCAAGGUGUCUCUUUAGCAUCCUCAUUUUAUCCUACAGCAGUGAAUACAGUUGAGUCUGUUGUAGGCAAUGCCUUAGAUGAUCUGAACCUUGAUGACAUUAAUUUUGAAGCAUCCAUAGAUAAAGAAUUAGAAUGUGAAGCUAACCCUGUCAGUUCUUCAUUAUCAGCUGGACUGGCUAGUUCUGGAAUUCUGGGCAGUUCAGCACCAGUAAAUAUUCCUGGUAGUGAUAGUAUUCAUGAUCACAGUAGACUGGGUAACUUAUCUCCUCCUGUUACUUCUCCCCUCGGGUCUCUUCCUCACAGUCUUCCCAUGGGAGGAGCUGCUGUUCUUCAUGCAGUUGUUGGAUCAAGACCUGAACACUCAUUGGAUAAGGCUGCUGCAGCUUUCUAUGGUCAUCCAAGUUCUUUUGAUAACACAAAGUAUGGACACUUCCCUGGAUCUGGAGUCUGUGAUUAUACUGCCUCCCAAACUAUGUCUCCAAAUAAUAGAGUAGGAGGUGCUCCCACUUCUCCAUUUUUGUCAAAUGUGUCUUCAUUUCAUUCAGUUAAUUCUGGUCUCACUGAAGUUCAUAGGUUACAUGAAGAGCAUGUUAGCAGAACCAAAUUAGCCACAAUGGAAGAAGGAUAUAAUCAAUUGAGAAUGGCAUGUGAAGCAUGGAAGUGGCAAGCAGAGGAUGCAAGUAGGAGGGAAAAGGUCAGGGAACAGCAGAGAGAUGAGGCAUUAGCUAAACUUGGUUUACUCCAAAAUGAAGUAGAAAAUAUCUCAUGUGGAUCAUUAUUACAAACAAUAACCGGAGUGUCAGAAUUAGAAGCAAUUUCCCUGGGUGAACUGAAACAAAUAAAAGACCAGCUUAGGAAUGAACUAGACAGACUGGAAAAGGUGAUUUAUCAUAAAUCAGCAACAAAAUGUAUGGUAUGUGAAAAUCAGAAUCGUAGUGUAGCCUUGUUACCAUGUAAUCAUUACGUAUUGUGUAACCAGUGUGCCCUCCACCAGUUGAAAUGUCCUUACUGCCAGGCUGACAUUGCCCAGCGAUCAAGCAUGACCUUGCCAUUAUAAAGUCGUUUUCUCUAUAGAUUUUUGUAAUUGUGUUUGAUGAAAAUAAAAGAAAUUGGAAGUGAUUUGAUAUAAACUAAAGCUUUUUUUUCAAUUGAACUCCCAAAGAAAGUUUAAUUUUGUGGUUUUUAAUACUUACAACUAUUCAACAAUAUUAUUUUUUUUUACCAAACAGAGUACAAAAAAGUGUAAAUUUAGAUAUCAUUGUAAAAGAUUUAUAGGAUUUUAAGUUAUCGAUUAUGAAUAUAUCUGGCACAAAAACAUUAUUCUUUCUGGGAAUUUUUGCUGUGCUUACCUCUACAAAAAAUGUUUAGGUGUGUAAGAAACAGUGAGUAAGAUAGAUUGGUGUGUGUCAUCUGAAUGGUAUUAACCUUCACAAUUGCUAGAUUUAAAUGUAUUAUGUGACAGGUUACUUAUGUAGGCUUAGCUCUAUAAGUGUAUGAUGUUGUUAAGGUUCAGUAAGCUGCUGGAGAAAACUAGUAUUUUUUGACUAUUAGUGUAAAUUAUAUAGAAAUUGUUGACUUUUUCAAUAGCAGUGGUGAUUUUGUUUUAUAAGAAAAAGCAAAAACUUAAGAACAAAAAAAAAGAUAUUUUUGCACAUCCCACUACAUUUAUCACAAUUGAUUGGUUUUUAUUUUUUUCCAAAGGGGUAUCAAAAAUUAAAUCAAACAAGAAAGUUAAACAGGCACUAAAAGUUUUCUAAAAACUGUUCACCAAAAGAUGUUACAUUUUCAGGUAUAAAUUGAAUACAUUGUUUCAAUUUGUACAUUACAUUAUUUAUUAUUAAAUCCACCUGUGGCCAAGAAGUAUCCUUGAAAGGUAUCAAAUAUAUUUUAAUGUAAUAUUUUAGAAAAAUUUCUCUGUGACAAAAUACAAGCAAUAUGGGCCAGUAAACCAGAGUUAAGAUGUUAAAUCAUAUCUUAUACUUAAAUUAUAAUUAUUUCUCAUAGUUGUUGGGUGUAUAGACUGUCUCAAAUUAUAUUAGACCAUGAUAAAAAAAAAAUUGUAAAGUAUAUAUAUAUAUAUAUUAGAAGUUUUGUGAACUAUUUUCUUUCUGAGCUAUAGUAAAUCAUGUCUUUGCCCUUGUUUCUCUAAGAAAUAUAUAUAUCUAUAUGCAAUGAAAUAAACUAUUCUUUUAUGUGUCUCUUUAGUAUCUUGAUAAAGCAACAUAAUAAAUCAUGUUUAUUCAUAUGAAUAAAAUUUGCUUAGUGUUUUAGAAUGUUAAAAAUUAGCUAUCCAUUGAUAAACUGUCACAAUGUUUUGAAAAGUUAAUAGUAGCCAUUUUGUCAAACAAAAAAUUUGAAUGUAUUGCAGCUUCAUUUUCAACAGAAAAGUAAGCUUGCUAACUGUUUUUGUGAGAAGAUGAAUUAAAUGGUGGGAAUAGUAAAACUUUGUGUUAGGUAGAAGCCAGACUUGUAUUUUGUAUAUUUAGCUUCAGAACAGUUACUAGUAAGACUUGUUUGGGUAAAGAUGAAUCUUGCAAGCAAUUGUAGACGAAAGAAGUAAGAUAUAUCCUAGUAAAGUGUAGUGUAAAUACUGUGUUUUUUCAAUAUUAUGCUGUAUUUUGUUUAUUGUGGCACAAAUAAUAUUAGUAGAAAGUAUAUGUGAUGCUUUGAAAUUUCUCAGAUUUCAAGCAUAUUGAUAUAAAAUGUUCAAUUAGUUGUAGGCUUAUAGGAAGGAACUCAACUUAAAUAAACUAUAUAUAUAUAUUUAUGUAGCAUUUGAAAAAAAAAUGUUUUUCAGGAAAUAUUAGUUUACAUUAAAUCUAAUUGUUACUUAGCAAGAAAGAAUACAUUUCUUACUUUCCACCCAUGAUGUGUACUUGUGAACAAUUUAAGUGAAGUCUCAAGUGGGUGAUUUAAUAAAUGAAAAUGUUUGUUUUUUUCUUCAUUUUUUUGUCAAGAUGAUACACUAUCCAAGUUGUCACUUUGUGUUCUGUUUUAUUUCCCAUAAACUUAACAGCUUUGUGCAACUAUAGUUUGAACCUUAGAAACAUAAUGUCUGAAGAUAAACAAAUGUUUUGUAAAAACUUAAAGUGUAGCUUGUUUUUUUAUAUGUUUAACACUAAUACAAAAUUCAUAGUUACUAGAAUUGGAAUUUUUUGAAAAUAUUGAAUAUUUCUUAAAAUUUAAAAGUUAUUUUUUUAAAGUACAUACUUAAAAGAGUUUUUGAACUGAGGUGACACUUUGCAAAAUUAAAUUGGUAUAAUGUUGAUACAGCCAUUUGUUGCUGUUAUAGUAAUGAUUUUUUUUUAAGUGCACUGUACUUAAGAUAGGUGCAUUUAUCAAUAUAUAUCUGUUUAUAUGUAUAUAUCAAGUUGAGAAGUAAUGCAAGAGUAGCGUGAUCAAUAGUGAUGGAUGUUAGUAUAAUGACAACCUGAAAGUAAGGGUACCUAUUUUCUGACAGCUGCAGUUUUCAGUUGUUCUCUGAGUAACAAUAUUAUUUCUUUUAGACUAAGAGCACUAGGUCAGUGUUCAAAUAUUUUCUCAAAAAAACUUGGAAAAUUGAUGUUGAAAAGUGAAAUCUUAGGUUUCUGGAAUGUAAAUAAGUUCCGAGAUGAGACCCCCAUUUUGUGGAAGAUCACUUUGGGUCCUUUAUAAAUGAUGAUACUGUGAAAUGCUAAAUAUUUUAUUUAGGUGCUGCUUAAAAAUAUAGAGGUAAUUUGUUAGUUUUUUUUACAAGAUUUAAAUGGAGUAUGAAAUUGUUGGAUGCUUGUGAUAAACAUUUGUAUUUCAAAAACAGUUAAAUCAGAUUUUUUUAUGUCUAUUAAAAGUUAUUUGAAUUCUUCA